AUGGCUGUCAUCGAGCCGGCAGCGUAUUGGCAGCGGCUCAGUGUUUCUCCUCCAGGCGCCCUUGCAGUGGUUGCAGCGCUGCUGGUACUUUACAUCGCCUCGACGGUGAUAUACCGGAUCUAUUUCCAUCCACUUGCCAGGUUUCCAGGCCCGUUUCUGGGCAAAUGCUCGGAACUGCUCAUCUGGAGGUCCAUCCUAAAAGCAGACCGGAACCUCAUGAUCGACCGCCUCCUGAAGCAGUAUGGAAGUCCGUUGCGCUUAGCUACCAACCAGCUGGUAUUUGACGAUGCGAGGUCAUGGGUCGACAUCUAUGGCCAAAGUCCCAACCCUUGCCUGAAAGACCCAGCCCUCUGGGAGUCGUUCACGGCCGUAGGAACCGUCAAUGUUCUCAACGCCGUCGAUCGUCACUACCACGCGCGGGUGAGGCGCCUCCUGUCUCACAAUUUCUCUCUCAAAGGCAUUCUUCGGUUCGAGCGCUUGAUAGCCGACAAGAUUGAAGAUUACAUGAAUCUGGUCUUCUCGCCUGCAGCAGACAGUGGAGAAACAAUGAAUGUGUAUCUCCGUGUCCAGGAGCACUAUCUUGACAUCAUCAGCCACCUUAGUUUUGGCACCUCAUUCAACUGCAUCAAAGGGGAAAAUCCGAAUACACUGCACGACGUAGAUCACUUCCUGACCGUUGUUCCUGCAACCUCACUGUUUCCUGGUAUCAGAUAUAUCCCCCUUCCCACUCUCAGGGAAGGUUUUCGAGCGGUUGAAAGGCUCAAGACCUUUGGUCGAACUCACGUGUCGAAUUUCAUCGACAGGCUCGAAAAGACCACAGCAGACGACGCCAUAGCCGGUGGCACAUCCGAAAAUUCUUUCCUCGGCAACCUCGUGAAAAGCGAGGAUGCUGAGACUGGUACCAGGCUCUCAUUCGAUGAGCUUGUAGACAACGCAAUCAUCUUUUUGGUCGCUGGCAGUGGGACAUCGGCAAUGACAACGACUUACUUUAUCUGGGAAUGCACAAGAAAUAUCAGUGUCAGGGACAAACUUGUCCAAGAGAUACGAACCGCAUUUCCAGAUCGCAAUGUCUUCCCAACUUAUGAGAAAGCAUCCAGGCUCCCGCUUCUUGCUUCCAUGAUCCAGGAGACGCUAAGGUUAUGGGGUCCCUUGAACAUUGCCACUCAACGUCUGUCUCCAGGCCGUGUCUUGGGUGGUCACUUUGUGCCCAAGAACGUCGUCGUGUCUACGGCCGCGCACACUACAGCUCGUGAUCCAAAAGUCUUCCCCCAGCCCGACGUCUUCAUGCCCGAACGAUGGAUAGAUGCAACGCCUUACAUGAGAGUCAUGUCGCGGCCGUUCCAAACGGGCCCCCGAAAUUGUGUGGGGAGGCAUCUUGCAGAGGUCGCCCUGACCAUGACUCUGACGCGGCUCUUCCAGCUGUUUGAUCUAGAAAUCGAUUCGGGAAUGCCAGAAGAGGAUAUGCAGUUGCGGGAUCGAGGUACUAUGGGGCCAAAGGGAGAACGGCUGUUGGUCAAAGUAGCACGCGCACAGUCUUGCGACUAG